AUGCUGCCUUCUUCUUCGUCUGAGACGAAGACGCCGACCGAAAGGACGCCGACCGAGGACGACGAUGGCGAUGAAAACGAUGUCGAGGAGAAGACGACGAAGAAGAAACGAGCGAACGAGGAAGAAAAAAAUCAAAAUCGCAUCGGUGCCUUUGCGUCGUUCUUGCGAGCGACCGAGGUGCUCUUCUCCCAAUCUGUAAAAGAGUUCGGCGGAGGUGCCUUCGUUUUACUCCUCCCGAAGAAGGCGAAAGAGGCGCGAGGAAAGAUUUUGGAGUUUUUAAAAGACACCAACACCAACACCAACGACGAACUGAUGAAACAGUUCUGGACGCAAACGAGAGAAGAGGAAAAGAAGUCGGAUUUUUUGCACUUUGAGAAGAAGACGAAAAUUUUACGAGAAGUCACGGACGCGUGUAAAGAGAUUUUGAGCAACCAAGAGGUGUAUUCGCAAGGAGGGAGGCAGAAAGUCGCGGUGAAAGCGCUCGAGUGUUUGUUUUUGGUGAUGAAUUUCGUGGAGAAGGAGAAAGUGAGAGUGAGCGGAACGAAUUCGGCGGCGACGGAAAAUGUAGAGAUGAUGAUGACAUGUAGCGCGACGAUGUUGAGAGAUGUGUGUAAAGCGGUCGCGUUUUGCGGGAAGGAUGAUAGCUCGUUGGAAAUUACGAGGAUGGUAGUGAAGAUGUUGUUGGCGUUGGCGACGAGCGAACACAUCGUAAACUCGGGGAUAUUUCAAGGCGAAGAAGGGGAGGAGGCGUUGGAGAUUUUGACUUUGCGGUUGGCGCAUUCAGCAGUCGCGAGCGAUGGGGACGUGGAGAGAAGAGUGGCGAAGACGGCGUUGGUGCAACACAUAAAUAAUUGUUUCAAAAGGUGCUCAGAGGGGGAGUUUCGUAGCGCGAGCGCUGCGGGAAAUAUCAAUACUAAUGGUGAUAGUUUUUUUAGCGACCAAUCAGCGUUGACGUGUUUGAAGGCAUUGUGUAAAAUCGCAUCGAGAGAUUCAGAUGCGAUUACGAGCGCGACGACUUCGACGAUGAUUGCGGAAGAGAAUGCGGAUGCCAAUAAUGCUAAUAAGAAACCAACUACGUAUUUUUCUGCGGCGAAUGCGUUAGACGCGGACGAGUACAUCCUGGCGAGUCGGUUUUUAGCCAUAGAUUUACUUCGACAGCUGUGCGAAGGACCAAACGCGAGAGCGUGGUUAGCGGCGUAUAGAAACGAAUUGAAGAAACCUUUGAGCGAGGCGUUGUUGAUGAACGCGAUGUUAAAUCCAAAGUCCACGCUUCAAAAAGGCGGCGUCGCUGGAGUAGCUGCGGCCGCCGCGGCUACCGCGUCUGGCGCGAUCAACAACAAUAGCAACAAUAACGCGAAAAGAUUGAGUUUCGAAGGCAUCGAAAAGACGCUGAAUGCGUCGACGAACAGAACAACAAUCACCACGAGCACGAGUAAUAACAGCAACACCAUCUUGCAUGGAUUUAGUAACGCGACGAGGUUUCAUCCCAUGGCGUUAGCGUCAUCGAGUUUAGCCCGAGCGACGUAUGCCGCGAUUGUCUCUCGCGCGAGAGAUUCGUGGAAAUCUGAAAUCGCUUUGAUGUUCCCAACGAUGCUUUUACACCCGUUGGAACGAUCAAAGUCAACGCACGUGAAGGCAAAGAUUGCUGCGUUAAAAACGUUACGACAAAUAUACGACGAUCCUUCGACAGCGGCGGACGUUUUUGUGAAUUACGAUUGCGAUCCGAGAUGUUCGACAAACUGCUUCGAAAGAAGCGCCAAGGCGAUUUUAGAGACGCUUAAAGUUGAACGGGAAAAGGAGCGCAUUCUUGUAAAAAUUAGCAGUGGUUCCUCGAUCGAUAUCGAUUCAGUUGCGGUUAGAGAUGCAGCGACGCAGUGUUUAGUCGCUAUCGUGCGUUCGUUGCGCGUGUGGCGCGCGAGAAACAAGGAAUUAGGGGAAGAUUUAUUUCACGAUGAGGAUUCCAUUGACGAAGUCGAAAGAAAAGCCUCCUCCACUUUGCGCCGGUCAGGGAGUGUUUCGACCUCGUUUGAGUUGAUACCGUCCCAAAACGUCGUCGUACCUUCGAGUACCGCCACGGCUAAACAAGAUAACAAGAAUCAAGCAGAAUCGAACAACUCGACGAGGACGACGAGGACGACGAGAACAACCCCGGGAAGCGAAUCAGAAGGCGUCAUCGGCGGCGGAUUGCUCUCUUCCGUUCCGCUAGAAAACGUGCCUACGACGUCAUCAUCAUCGUCAAUAGCAAAACCAUCGCAAACGAAAACGUUUGCAAAUCUUAAGAAAGAGAAAAAAUCGGUGGAGAUUGCUGUGAAAAAGUUCAACAAGACGCCGACUAUGGCAGUUCUGCGCGAGCACGCGCCGAGUAAUUCAGUCGUGUCGGCGUCAGACGCCGCCAAGUUUUUACGGUCGGCGCCGGGUGUCGACCCGUCAGCAAUUGGACACUUGCUGGGAUCUAGCGAUGCUGAUGGCGUUGCUGUUAUUCGAGCGUACCUGGAAAACUUUGAUUUCACGAACGAAUACGUGGAUGAAGCGUUGAGGAAGUUCAUGUCGACGUUUCGAAUUCCCGGCGAAGCGCAACAAAUCGAUAGACUCACCGAAUGCUUCGCGAAAAGAUUCAUUGAAUUAAAUCCAAACUUUGGUGGCCAAAAAAUAGAAAAGAAAGUAGAUUGCGUGACAAUUAUCGCGUUUGCGAUAAUAAUGUUGAAUACCGACGCGCACAAUCCCAUGGUGGAUGUGAAAAUGCGGAUGUCGAGAGAGGAUUUCUUGAAUAUGGCUUUGGAUACGCCAGAAACGAGAGGUUUGGACGAAGAAAUGAUUCGAGGCGUUUACGAUCGCGUGACGAAAGAAGAAAUUAUAUUAUCCGCGGAUAAACGCGCCAUUGCGGAAACGGCGUCGUCUUCCACUUCUGCCGCUGAUAGUAGUAGUACUACCACUGCAGCAGUGAAUAGCGGUCUCAUGAGCGACUUUGGCAUAUUUGGUGCGUUCAAGAAGAAACAGAAAAUUCUGGAAAUGGAGGAAAAAAUUGCCUCGGAAGAAGCGAAAGCUUUGCUGAGAGAAACUGCUCGAGCAUUCUCUGCCGUCACGACGAGAUCGACAAUAGCUCCUGCAGCCGCACUUUCCCCGCCGCAGCUCAAAAAUGGACAAGGUAGUAAUUCAGAGCUCGACGAAAGCGCGAAAAACAAUAACGACAACGUAUUCGUCGGCGAAUCCGCCUUCCACGCGGCUGCCGAAGCCGGACUGGCUCGACCAAUGUUUGAAGUCAUCGGCGAAGCGCUCUGUCGCGCGCUAUCGAUUGCGUUUGGCCUCGCAAAUGAUCCAGGGCGUGCCGCUAUGGCUUUGGAGUGCGCUCGUUCUGCCAUGCGACUCGCUUUUGAGACGAAGCUGUAUACUUUGCGAGAUUUGUUUGGACAAUUUUUGUGCAACGCUACGGGCGUGAGUGCAUCCGACAAUGAUCGGGGAAACAGCAACGCUGAUGAUGACAAUGAUAACGACGACGACGCGACGCGAGUCGAUUUGAGAGCCAUGCAACGCGCCGAGGCGACAAAAACGCUUCUCGACUGCGCAAAAUCCGACGGCGAUUUCAUCAAGCUCGGUCAAAAAUUUUGGAAGUCGUGUAUUGAUAUUUGCGUCAGUUUGGAGAUUGCCAUGUUGGAAAAUGACUCGACGGCGUUGAGAGGUGUUGCGAAUGUGAACAACAGUUCAAACGGAACCGCGCAAGAAUCGACGGACGGAGUUCUACCGGACAAAACGAAAGUGGAGAAGAACAUCCAACGCCUUCUCGGGUUCAAAAACGUCAUGGCGUGGCUCCGACCGUUUUCGAGGGAGGCUGGUUUGGAAACCGAGAUAAAUCCAGACGCCAAGGCAGCCAUCGACGCGUGUUUCGUCAACUCGUCCACAAUGGACGCGAGCGAACUCUCGCACGUCGUCGACGCGUUAAUACAACGUUCCGAGCGCGAUUUAUGCGCCGCCGAGCAAAGCGAAAUCACAAAAUCUCCAAAUACCAGAAUCGCGAUGAAACGUUUGGCGGAUGUCGCGCGGGCAAACUUGAACGGGAGAUCUUUAGCAGCCUGGCGAAACGUCAUCUGGGGACCAGCAUCCUUGCAUUUAGCGACAACAGCAACUUCGUGCGUACAAAUUGAAACGAUUGUAAAUCGCAACGCGUGCAAAGAAGCUUCGGAGUGCCUUCGCGUCGUUGCCGAGGCUGUGCUCUUGAAAAGAGGAAGCGCGGAAUCCGCGGAGUCCAAAGACGAAGAUGGCAACAUUACGCCCACAAAACGUAAAACCACGUUGACGAAUUUGGAGACGGACGAAGAUAUAAACAGCAGCAACGCAGACGCGGCGAGAGAAGACGCUUUGUUACCAUUCUACGAAGCCAUUCGAACGGUUGCAAAUUCGAGCUUUCGAAACUCCGGCUUGGGUAACGAAACCGUCUUUUUCGAAAUGAAGACGAGAAAAGCCGAAUUUGUCGUCGAUGCGUUGAGACGACUGGCGGAAACUUCGAGCAAAAAGUUUGGGAAAUCCUGGCGAAGAGUCGCUCAGACGCUCGAAAUUGUCGCUUCAAACGCCACUCUGUCGGAAUAUCACGGCAACACCGAGGAGUACGACGGCAACCCGGAGGACCAAGUGAAAGUUUUAUUCGCGGACUCGGCAAAAAUUCGCGCGUUUGUGAGUUUUCGCAACGUCAUCGUCGAAAGUGUGCUCAAAGGUAGAUCAAUAAAAGAAGAAGUAUCAACAACGACUCCAUCUAUCGUGGAUGGAGAACUCACCGACGACGUUUUACCGGACAUUGUGGAUGUUUUAGCCAAAUUUCGCGACGUCGAAAAGCAAACGAAAAACGACAAAGGCGAUUCCAUCGUCGUUUCUGAAGCUUUGCUAUCUUUACAAGAGAUUAUCCUUCGCGCAGAUCGAAGUACGGCUCGUGGACGAAACCUGUGGAAAGUUACGACGAGAUGUUUGAUAUCCGCGACGUUCUCUAUCGAAAACACGCGGGCGACAACCGUGAGGGCGUUUGAAAGCGUCUUUGCGUCCGCGCUCAACUUUACCGCCACGUCUCAAAACGAAAACGAGGAAAAAGCAUUCUGGCAAGACGUGUGCGAAGAUGCCAUAGACCCUAUCGUUUCGUUCACUCGUGAAGAGUAUUACGGGAAUCACGCGCACAAAAGUGCUCCGAAGAACGAGGGAUUCUCAGAGGCGAAAGUAUUUUCGUUGGCGACGUUCUUUCCUCGCUUGGUUUCAAACGUAACGUCUUCGAAAAAUGUAGGGUACGAUAUCGUAUCGAUCGGUUGUGCAAAUGCGUUUGCAAAUGUUGACGUCGCGUCGACUUCGUUAACUCACGCGUUGUCGUGCAUUGCAGCGUUUGGCACCGAGAGCACUUCCUCUCCCUCUCAAAUGUUUUGGAGUUUUGCGUGCGACUUCCUGGAGAAUGCGAUACGCGCGCGGAAAAAGAAGAGCGAAAGGGACGAAGUGAUUUCAAAAUCGCUCGUUUGUGAUUUCAUUCCAGAGUUGUACUCGUCGUGUGCUGUUAUGGCUUCAAAAAAUCGCAUAGCAAACGUCGCAAGGACCAUUCACAUCGACGCUUUCACCUCUGCGAUGGAUAAGCGAGGAGAAGAGGAACACGAAGAGCUUUUAUAUAACUCCACGCGAGCGGUGCUCGCGACGACGAUAAACGACGCGAGCGGUACGCUCACCGCAUGCGAGAUCGUCUUGCGAUACCACUUCUCAAAUAAGGGGAAGGAGAUAUCCUCUUUCGACGUCUCUACUCGUACGAUUGCGAUGUUGGCUUCAGUCGUCGACGCGUUGACGAAUAUGAUAAAACGAAAGAAGAAGAAGAAGAACAACGACAACGACGGCGACGGGACGGAAGAAGAGGAAAGCAAAGGCAGCAUCUCGUCGUUGGCAAAACAAAAGAAAGAAGUUUUAGAGUUAUUCACUCCUCAAUUGUCCUCGCUCGUCGCCUUGGGACGAUAUCCUUUGAACAAGUCCUUGCGCGAUUUCUUCUCGGCGACGUUCGAUGUGUCAAAAUUUUAG